UUUUCUGGCCACUGCUGCACUCUUCUCACAUUGACCCAAAUGUAGCUAGUGUUCUAGGUGCUUCUCAAAAAGGGGUAUACCCUCCUCCCCUAUCAGCUUCCACCUUACCUCGCCAAUGCUUCCAGUGCUCUGAUCAGGAAGAAACCAACUAUUGAUCUAUCGCAGCUAGCCCCGCGGGCUGUUCUAUCAAUCGCCCGUCCCAUAAUGGCUUCUGGGAACGACUGGUUGGGGUUCUCGCUCUCCGGCCAAGAGAACCCACAGCCGCAUCAGGAUAGCUCGCCGCCCGCCGACAUCGACAUCGUUGGCGCCAGUGGCUUCUAUGGCCUACCCACGCAGCCAGCUCCCGACGCUCAACUCGGUGUGCCAGGUCAUCAUCAGCCUUCAUACGGGAUCACGGAGGCCUUCAAUAGGGGAGCUCAUGAAAUCCACGAUUGGAACAUGAGGGGUGAUCUGGACUACAACGGCGGUGCGUCCGAGCUCUCGAUGCUCGUCGGGUCGAGCGCAGUUGGCGGCAAGAGGGCGGCCAUGGAGGCCGAGACCGAGCCCAAGCUUGAGGACUUCCUCGUUGGCAACUCGUUCGUCUCCGAGCAAGAUCAGGCCGGUGGCUUCUUGUUCUCCGGUGUCCCGAUGGCGACCAGCACCAACAGCAACAGCAGGAGCAACACCAUGGAGCUCUCUAUGAUCAAGAGCUGGCUCCGUGACAACCAGGUACCCCAAGCGCCGCACCCGCAGUCGCAGACCGGGGCGCCCGCGCAGCAGCCGCAACCCCACGAGGAGAUGGGCACCGACGCGAGCAGCUUCGAUCCGCUGGGGAGAAACGGCGCGUUGGUGGUGGCGGGGAGCUCGCAGAGCCUGGCGCUCUCGAUGAGCACGGGCUCAGGAUCGCACUUGCCGAUGGCUGUGCUCGGCGGGAGUCCCAGUGGGGGAGUCUCAGAGAGCACCUCCUCGGAGAACAAGCGGGCCAGCGGCGCCAUGGAUUCGCCGGGCGGUGCGGUAGAAGCUGUCGCGAGGAAGUCCAUCGACACAUUCGGGCAAAGGACGUCGAUAUAUCGAGGUGUAACAAGACAUAGAUGGACAGGGCGUUAUGAGGCUCAUCUCUGGGACAAUAGCUGCAGAAGAGAAGGGCAGAGUCGCAAGGGUAGGCAAGUUUAUCUGGGUGGCUAUGACAAGGAGGACAAGGCAGCAAGGGCUUAUGAUUUGGCAGCACUCAAGUAUUGGGGUACAACAACAACAACAAAUUUCCCAAUUAAUACCUACGAAAAAGAGGUGGAUGAAAUGAAACAUAUGACUAGGCAGGAAUACAUCGCAUACCUAAGAAGGAAUAGCAGCGGAUUUUCCCGUGGUGCGUCAAAAUAUCGUGGUGUAACUAGGCACCAUCAGCAUGGGAGAUGGCAAGCAAGAAUUGGGAGGGUUGCAGGAAACAAGGAUCUCUACUUAGGCACCUUCAGCACCGAGGAGGAGGCGGCGGAGGCCUACGACAUCGCGGCGAUCAAGUUCCGUGGGCUGAACGCCGUCACCAACUUCGACAUGAGUCGCUACGACGUCAAGACCAUCCUCGAGAGCAGCACCCUGCCGGUGGGUGGCGCGGCGAGGCGCCCCAAGGAGGUCGCUGAUCAUCCAGAGGCUGGCGCCACGAUCUGGCGGGCCGGCAUGGACGGCGGCGUCAUCUCCCAGCUGACCGACGUCGGGAUGGGCACGUACGCGUCGUACCACCACGGCUGGCCAACCAUCGCAUUCCAGCAGCCCUCGCCGCUGUCGGUGCACUACCCAUACGUCGCCCAGCCGUCUCGCGGGUGGUGCAAGCCCGAGCAGGACGCCAGCGUCGCCACGCAAAGCCUGCAGGACCUCCAGCAGCUGCACCUCGGGACCGCCGCUCACAACUAUUUCCAGGCAUCGUCGAGCUCCACGGUCUACAACGGCGGCGGGUACCAGCAAGGCACCAGUGGCAACGCCUUCUUGAUGCCGGCUAGCACCGUGGUGGAUGAACAGGGGCACAGCAGCACUGCCACCAACCAGGGAAGCACAUGCAGCUACGGGGACGAAGAUGGGAAGCUCAAUCUCGGGUACGAUGCCAUGGCGAUGGCGAGCACCGGCGCCGACCCAUACGCGGCGGCGCCAACUGUGAGCAUUGCGAGGGCGAACGGGUACUCCAACAACUGGAGCUCGCCGUUCAAUGGCAUGUGAUGAUGGUGAAGAGGGCAGACGCUAGUAAUAGCGGGAUUCAUUAGCUAGCAAGACAGUCGAAAAGUUAGGUCAGGGUAUUGCUCGUUGUUGCGUUUCAGCUCAGGGUUCCGGCUAGCUCUUCUUGGCCGGGUGGAUGACACACGUAAAGGUGCUGUGCAUGCAUGCCCUCUGGAAGCUGGUAAUGGCAAGUCAGGAUAACUAAAGCUAACUUGUCCUGACUUGCUGUUAGUUUUGGGUAGUUUCAGAAGGAUCAAGUUAAUCUCUAGGACAAAAGCUGAUUGUGCGAUGGCAAU